GCUUGGAAAUAAGCAAUUCGUGUGAUCUCUUUCCUUUUUUUUCAGUUGUAAUUCUCUUGCCCUGAAAAUGUUAACUUUAGGUCAAGCUUCCUGUCUUGUUCUUGGAUACAAACCCAAUGAUCCAGAAGAGAGAAAAAAGGCAAAAGAACAUCUAGAAAAAAGUGGCUUAAUUGCAGUACACAUACGUAAUCACGAUCCUUUUCAACCGAUGGCCAUUGGUAUCAAUGUACACGAGCGAGAUCCCUUCAAAUUCAUAAGUUAUCCCGAUUCUCCAACAAUGCCACCUACAGAUUUACCUGAUAACAUUGAUGAUCACGAUGGCAACGACAAUAACGGCAAUAACGACGAUAGCAACAACAGUGGCAGCGACGAUAGCAACAACAGUGGCAGCGACGAUAGCAACAACAGUGGCAGCGACGAUAGCAACAGCAGCAUCUAUAAAAACAAUAAUAGCAACAACGGUAGCAAAGACAGGUCUAAAAAACGGAAGCUUGAUGACACGGUUAUACCAUUCUGCAAGGAUCGUCUGCUGAACCUUAUGAAAGAAAUUGCCACUGAUGAAAAUCCUUUGAACGACAAGUGUUAUUCCAAACAAUUCCUAACUGCAAAAGAUCAAUACCAGCUAAUGUGCAGUGUGUUCCCGCAUCUUAAAAAUCAUUGUAGCGUAUAUCAACUUCAAUAUUGGAUUGGACAGGCAAAGAUCUGGGGAAAAUCAACACGCUCACGAAAAAAUCAGCGAGAACUUGGACGAAACUUAUGGGUGGUUGAUGAACAGCUAAGGGCGUUCGUGACGGAUACUUCUGACUCGGUCAAGGCAUACUGGAAAUAUUUACAACAUGAUACCAAAUACAUAACAAUUGGAUACGCACGUAAAUCGCCAACUGACGAAACAAAAGAAUCACGAAUACGUUUAUUACAGUUAAUGGUGAACAAACUAUACUUCCGCGGAAAGUGCGAAGAAGUAUUCGUGAGCCCAAUUUGCAAAGCAGACCAACCAAUAUUAGAAAGAGACUCGCCAAAGCAGGAUGAUUUACUGCUGCAUUUAAAAGGAUCCCAUGGCGAUAUCUCAGAUUUAGUUGCACGCGUCCAUUUCAGCCAAAAACCUUUCCGCCUUGUCAUCAUUGACUACGCCGGGCUUUCAACGUCACCAAAUGAUAUUAGGAUUUUUUUGAAACAAUGCAGCAAUAUCAAGGAAAUUGUUGUAGACCAUGGCUCUUCGUUUGAGAUUUUAUCACGUUUUGAUCUUUUGAAAAAUAUGGAUCUGGAAAAAUUUAAAUGUCGACAUGCCAACGUUAAACGAUCAAAGUAAUUUUUUUUUUCGUGCUAAUGGUUUGUCAAAUAAAAAACGAAAAAGAAGUUGUUUAUUGC